GGUAAGCUCCAUCUUGGAGCAUCCCAUCCAGGUCUGGCAUUCUUUGAGUCAGAGGCUGCCAGAGGGGCGUGCUCGCAGAAAGUCAGUCCUUUCACACCAGCAGGGACACCGUUCAGCUGCCGAGAUUCACCAUGGCUUCAUCUCUGCACCGCACACCCGUUUUGUUGCGUUUUAUUCACUUGUCGUUACUGCUUGCUGGUGUUUUAUGCGACCUUGAAGCAGAAGAAGAUGAGCAUGCCAAGCACACUUAUACGGUGGAUAUGUUCAACGAGGCGGUGCCCACUGCACCCCACUUUGUCAUGUUUUACGCUCCAUGGUGCGGCCAUUGCCAGAGGCUACAGCCGACGUGGAACGAGCUGGCAGAGAAAUACAACAGCAUGGACGACCCCCCGGUGUAUGUGGUAAAAGUAGACUGUGUCCAGGACACCAAAUUUUGCUCCAAUGACCACGGCGUUAGAGGCUACCCUACGCUUAAGUUGUUUAGGCCCGACCAGGAAGCAGUGAAGUACCAGGGCCCCAGAGAUCUGCAGUCUCUGGAGACCUGGAUGCUGAAGACGCUCCAAGAGGAGCCUUCGGAACCAGAAAGUGAACUGGAGCCUCCUAAAGCCCCAGAGCCCAAACAGGGAAUGUAUGAGCUCACCGCCCUCAAUUUCAAGACCCACAUAGCCAAAGGCGCCCACUUUAUCAAGUUCUUUGCACCUUGGUGUGGUCACUGCAAAGCCAUGGCCCCAACAUGGGAACAGCUGGCCACCACCUUUGAGCACUCUGACGAUGUGAAGAUAGGAAAGGUGGACUGUACUCAGCACUACGAGGUGUGUUCUGAGAAUGGUGUGAGGGGAUAUCCCACACUGCUCUUCUUCUACAAUGGAGAAAAGACAGAACAGUACAAAGGAAAGAGAGACCUGGACUCCUUCAAAGACUUUUUGGACAACCAGCUGAAGGCUGCACUCACCGAGGAGGAAAAGCAGGAGGAGCAGAAGGAGGAACCAAAGGCAAAUGAGAUCCCUGCUGAAGAGCCAGCUGAAGAGGAAGCAAAGUCCAGUGUUUUGGUCCUGAAUGAGGACAACUUUGAGGAGACUGUAGCCAAAGGAUUCACCUUCGUCAAAUUCUACGCUCCAUGGUGUGGUCACUGUAAGAAUCUCGCUCCAACAUGGGAAGAUCUUUCCAAGAAGGAAUUUUCUGGUUUUACUGAUGUCAAGAUUGCUAAAGUGGACUGCACUGUUGAGCGCACACUCUGCAACAAGUACUCUGUGCGCGGUUACCCCACCUUGAUCAUCUUCAGAGCAGGGGAGCAGGGUGAUGAGCAUCACGGUGGGCGGGAUUUGGAGAGCCUGCACGACUUUGUGAUGAAGCAGGCACGAGACGAGCUGUAGAUACAGGCUAGUCGGCGCUCUCUCUCUCUCUCCACAACUCUACUCGCUCACACUGCAUAUCUGGCCAAUAGGACACCACCCUCUCUCCUACAAAAGCCAGACCCCUACUCUUCCCCUACUCAGUCAUCCAAUGACAGGCUGGCGCAUUCAUCUUUUUUUGGUAUUCAAGUGCAGAAUCAUUCGGUAAGAGUGUUUGGAAGGUGAUCGUACUUCUCAUUGCUCUUGGUCAACCUUAAACCACGUGGCGACUGGUUGGGCCUGAAGAUGAAGUAAUAUGUGCGACAACCACUUUGCAAGCUCUGCUCAGAACCAGAACUUUUCACAAGAAUACAAGAAAUGUUAAAACAGUGGCACUAAAGUUUCUACCUGUUUGUUUUUUAAAUGAAGUGUUUCUGACGUCUCUGCCAUUUGACUUCU